AUGAAUAUGAAGGAAAAAGAGCGAGGGACAAAUGAGAACAGCAGAAGAGAAAGACGAAGUGGGUACAAGAAGAAAAGAGACAUUGGAAAAAAAUCAUGGCAUACAAUUAAAACGAUGGUCAACUUGCCAGUCAUCAGCCCCUUCAAGAAGCGCUAUUCAUGGGUGCAGCUGGCUGGGCACACAGGGAGUUUCAAGGCAGCUGACAGCGAUACGAUUCUGAAGCGCUUCUCUGAGAAUGAAAAGGAGUGCUUUGAGCUGCUGAUGAAAGAUCCUCUGCGCUCCUGUGUCCCUGCCUUCCAUGGGGUGGUAGAGAGAGAUGGCGAGAAAUACAUUCAACUGGAUGACUUGCUCGCUGACUUUGAAGGGCCUUGUGUCAUGGACUGUAAGAUGGGGAUCAGGACGUACCUGGAGGAGGAGCUGACUAAAGCCCGUGAGAAGCCAAAGCUGCGUAAGGACAUGUACAAGAAGAUGAUUGAGGUGGAUCCUCUUGCGCCCACUGCUGAGGAGAACACGCAGCAUGCUGUGACCAAGCCACGUUACAUGCAGUGGAGAGAGACCAUCAGCUCCAGUGCCAACUUGGGCUUCAGGAUAGAAGGGAUUAAGAGGGCUGAUGGGACUUGUAACACAAACUUCAAAACAACUAAGACACGGGAGCAAGUUUUCCAGGUUUUUAUGGAAUUCAUUGAGGGCAACGCAACUAUUCUGAAAAAAUACCUCAAGCGUCUGCAUGAUAUCCACCUUAUCCUCGAGUCCUCAGACUUCUUUAAACGACAUGAGGUCAUUGGAAGUUCACUACUCUUUGUGCAUGAUGACAGCGGACAUGCCAAUGUAUGGCUGAUUGAUUUUGGAAAGACCACGCUUCUCCCUGAUGGGCAGACCUUGGACCACAGGAUCCCCUGGCAGGAAGGCAACCGGGAGGAUGGGUACCUGCUGGGAUUGGACAAUUUGAUUAGUAUCUUAGACAGCAUCACUGAAAGAUGAGAAGAGACUCGCACAAACUCAGGGGCUGCUUUGUAAUCUUCCACUCUACUGGGAUCUCUCCAUUAGAGGGAAACUCCUUUAACUCUCUCCAAACUCCUGGGGUUAUUGCAGUGCAAAUGGAGCUGCUUUCAGAGCCAGACUGUUCAUGAUCAAAGUGACUGCAUUGGCCCUCCAUGAAUCAGAGUGACUCAGGAUUGGUCUUUAGUGAAUCAGAUUAACCUCGGAUUGGUCCUCAGUGAAUCAGGGUCUCCAAACUCAGGAACCAAACCAGCAUGAAUCCAGGAGGUUUGUACAGUAAAUCAGAGUGACUCUGAUUUCAGGUGAACCAAAGUGACUCUAGAUUACCCUUUAGUGAACCAGAGUAAAUGGCAGAUUGCUUGAGGGUAGGGGGAGGGUUGAGCUGAAUUCUCCACUAGAUGGCAUUGCUUUGAAAACAACAGUGGUGUUUGCUCCCUAACCCCAAGUCCGUAGGCUGCCAUUUAUGUUAUAGAUUAGGCAAGGCCAGCCCCAGCUGUUGUAUUACAUUACAAGAGUGUGCAAGAUGGGAACUUGCCCAGGAACAAGGCCCAGAAAACAUGGGGAGAAGGGUGAUUAUAGUUCAUGGCAGUGGUUGGUUUAGUGUCUGCAAGGGACAGCUGCUGUUGACAUUUUCUCUGACUCCUUGCCCUGGCCUAUCCUCUUUUCUAUCUAAGAACAUUCUUAACUAUUUUCAGGUAGUUCCUAAUGAAGUCACAGAUAGCCCGUUAAGUAAAUAGCACCAUGUUGUCUCUAGCACCAUGUGACUUUCAAACUGUGUAUGGUAUUCAAGAGGCUGGUGAAGUGGUAAUUCUGGCUCUUGCAGCUGGACAGCAUUUGUGAAGGUCAGUGACAUCUCUCUUUAGCAGGUGGGUUGGGGGACAAAGUUUAUUUUUCAAGGGCUUAGUUAUUUUAGAGAAAAAAACAAAUCCAUCUAAAUACUAGCAAGCCAGUUAUCAACAUGCCAUUUUACACCAAGGCUUAGACGUUCCAUCUUUUUGCUUGUGGGUCAGAUUUCCUAGUGGUACCAUGUUCUUUCUUUUGCCACACCAAAAGUGUCAGGGCAUAGGCUGAGUGGAUCAGAAAGGAAUUGUAUCCCCAUAGACAGCAUUACACUGUUGGCUAUAUUUAUUAUGGGCAUUCUUCCUUGGAAGCAUGAGGUAUUCACCACUUUUAAAAGCAAGGUAUUACAUUAGCUAGACUAGAGGUCUGAUUGCUGUGCCAUAUCCCCUGAUUGAGGCUCCUAGGUGCUACCACAAUACAAAUUAACAUUUCCUUGCUCAUCCCAUAUCCAGAUAUCUGACAAUGCAGUUUCCAAGUUGGAGCCAUCAGCCAUGUAACAAGACCAUACAGUCAUUAAAAUCACUUGCUUUUAGAAGUUAAAAGGUGUUUAAGCAACAUCAGUUGAUCAGAAAUCACUCUCUUUUGCCAAUACAACCGUGGUCAAAAGAAACUUUGGAAUAACUGAAAGUAGUUCCUUGCUUCUGUUGGGAAUCACUACACCAAUGAUCACUGCAAAAUGAGGUAAAUGAGACUGUACAAUUCUUGUUUGGAACUAAAUGAACAUGUAAUGGUUAUAUUAAGGGUUGAGGAGCCUAGGAUAACGUCUAAAGGAAGCCACUUUGGUUCAUGUACUCUAGUUGGAGCCCAGUCAAUCUUAAUAACCUCAGUUAUUUUUCAUCUACAUUAAAGAAAGCAUUGAUGUUCAUAGUGCUGACCAUGCCAAUAAUGACCUAGAAGAUCAGUUAUACAAGGUACCUACAAGGUACUACUGGGGAAGCAACUGAAAUAGAGCAGUGUGAAUAUUUUACACCAAAACUGAAAUUGCUCAAAAUCUGAAAUUUGUUUUUAUAUUUCAUUGAAAAUUCAAAACUUUCCCUAUGUUUGUGAAUCUUUUGGGGUUUAUAUUCAGUGAAAAUGGUCCUGUUUUUGAGCUGAAAAAGAUACAAGUUGGCUUGAAAUAGGACAUGACUUACAGAAAAUGUAGGCCCCUUUUCAAGCGAAUGCAGUUUUUGGUAGAAAGCAUGCAUGGUUUUAUUCCAAAUGCCCCUAGGUUGUGAAAUAUUCUAAAACAGCACAAUGACCUGCAGUGAAAUUUGCCAAAAAUAUGGUGAAAAUGUUUUCCUACUUUCCCAGAGCCCUAAUAAAAACAACUCUGCUUGCAGUGAUUCAAGAGAAUGGGUAAUAGACUAGGAAACACAAAUUGUUCUUUACAGCUUGAAUCUGAGUUCUUACGGGGAUAAUUAGAUGAGAAAACCCCUGGCCUUCAGUAUGUGAUUGUUACUUCAGGCAGUCCUGUCAGGGACAAAAAAUAAUAAAAUCACAGAAGUUAGAGAUGGUCAUGCAGCAAUUCUCCCUGUAAGUGCAAAAUUAUUACUUAAGGUUCAUUUAACAACUCUUUGUCCUGUCUAGUUUUAAUUGGCAGUCACGGUUAAAUUUCUUUCUUUUGUGACUACAUGUGCCAGCAUUCUGCACCCAUGCAACCUCAUGCUCUAGGGAAAAAUUGGUGAUGAAUUUCCUUUGAGCAGAAUUUAGAAACCAAGGUCUAUCUAGGACUCAUGUCAAGUCCGUUUAGUUCUACAGUUCCAAAUGGAAGUUGGAGGCAAUAUGGAAGCAAUGGCUCCAAAACCAGCAGUGCUCUCAUUUGAAAAGGUAUUUUGCAGUAGACAAUCUCAGGGGAAAAUGCUCUGUCAUGGAAAGGGAUCCAUUCCUGUGCACUUGUUGGAGAGGACAGCAAAAAGAGAAGCUUUUUACAAGAGACAUCGAGCUGUGAAACUUGGUCCAUUUCAAAAUGACAGUUGUAGCAAAGUUGUUUUGAAGUGGCUUUUUGGCCUAUACCAGAACUAGUUUGGAGGAAGCUACAAUCCAUCUCCUACUUACUGGUAGUCAGCUGUGGAAUCAGUUAUAUGAAAGAAGAAAGGGGAGGGAAUUUUGUACAUCAGUUAAAAUAUGGAACUGGGAGCCAGGACUACUAGACUAUUUCCUAUCUCUGCCACUGACUUGCUCUGUGCUCAUGGGCAAA